AUGUCUGUUGCACAAAAUUCUUCUCUGCUGCUCAGUGUGACACUUUUAUUCACGAUUCAGUUGUUACCUUCAGCUCGUGCAGCUUCGGUAAGUUGCAAAAACAACAGCAGAAAAUCCGAGAAAUCUAAGAACUGUGCUGAGCUGUACACAAGGGGUCAAACCAUAAGUGGUGUUUAUACAAUCGACCCUGACGGUAAAGGUGCCUUUGAUGUAUAUUGCGACCAGAUAACAACUGGUGGAGGGUGGACAGUCAUCCAAAAGAGACAGAAUGGCCCUGUUGAUUUCAACCGCACGUGGGAUGACUACACAAAAGGUUUCGAUAACAGUGUUAUACAUGAUGGUCUCACACAUCACAAAGGCCUCUCAUUUGGUACUUGGGAUAGAGAUCCCGCUGGUCCUGGGUGUGUGGUAAAAAAAGGUGGAGGUUGGUGGUACAGCCGGAAAAAUUGUGGAAAACCUCUGCACUCAAAUCUCAACGGUGUCUAUCAGCUUGAUAGAGGGGGCGAGAUCUAUUGGGCAAACCUAGAUCCCAAAAUGGCUAAUGGCAGUGCUCCCACGACAACUGAAAUGAAGAUCAGACCUGCGAACUUGACUUAA